UGUUGUCUGCCUCUCCAUGAUUGUGGUUCUCCUCCUUGCAUGGAUUCUCGGCUUCAUCUGGAUAUUAUUUAGUGCUUCAGUCUAAGGUGGAGCUUUGGGAUUACCACCGGGGAGGAGCUCAGUGAUGUCCUUGCGGACGCUUCAAAUUAGUCUGCAAUCUGCAUUUGAUUGAUACUCCAGACUACUUCUGCACAGACUGUGCGUAAUUGACCGAGAUACGCGCUUGUGUGCUUAUCAUGCCAUUGCUGCUUUCUGGAUCGAGAUUGUAAAGAGAAGCGUUGGUGAUGUUGCUGAAAGGUGGUCAGAGGAUGAUACUCGCGCUCAGCUGGGUGUUGGUGGUGGUGGUGCGGAGCCGUGCAGUCUCCAGGUGUGCAGACCAUGCCUGCAGUCCGCCCAUUAGGAACCUGGCUACAGGCAGGGGCCUCACCAUCCUCUCAGGCGGCUGUGGGAACGACACCACCCCCUGCCCCCACCCGCCUAGUCACAUGACGGACGACCCCUUCUCGCAUCCAAAUACCUGGUGGGAAUCCAGUGCAGCGCAAGGAGGACACGAUGAGAUCCACCUGGACCUGGGAACACACUUCUGUCUGUCCCAUGUGGUUUUGUUGUUCCGCUCGCCGCGGCCGGCCGCCAUGGCCGUCGAGCGCUCGCCUGACUUUGGGAAAUCCUGGGAUGUCCUUAAGGUGUUUGCACACAACUGUAGCAUGGAGUUUGGUUUGCCCGAUGAUUUUAAUCAGCCUGGCUCUUUGUGUACGUCCCGUUACAGCAGCACAGCACCGUGUAGCGGCGGGGAGGUGAUUUUACGGAUACUGGACCCCGGCAGAGAGACAGUUCUAGACCCGUACAGCCCGGAGGCUCUUGCCCGCCUGACCCUCACCAACCUCCGUAUUAAACUGCUGAAAGCUCGGACGUGUCCUUCGCCCCCGCAACCCUCCCUAGAAGAACCGCAGCCCACAUUUCUUUCACCAACCACAGAACCACCUGCUUUCGAACCGUUUGCCGUUUAUAACCUUCUGGCUCAAGGGACGUGUCUGUGUCACGGACACGCUGAGUUUUGUGUUCCGCUCCACAGCAACCAAGACACACAACAGGACAGUAACACGGUGUCAGGUCGGUGUGUGUGUACUCACCACACAGCAGGCUACCACUGUGAGAAGUGUGCGUCGCUCUACAACGACCGUCCCUGGAGGCCCGCCAACGGCAGCAGCAGAGAUGCAAACCCGUGCCAGAAGUGCGAGUGUCACGGUCACGCAGAAAGCUGUCACUUCUCCCAGCGGGCGUGGCUCUCCACCGGCGGCGUCAGCGGCGGGGUGUGCGAUAACUGCAGCCACCACACCUACGGGCGCAGGUGCCAGCGCUGUCGUCGAGGCUACCGCCGUCACCCGUCCUUGCCCGUCAACUCUCCACACACUUGCCAACGCUGCUGGUGUGACCCUCAGGGUUCCUCGCCUCCAAGUGCUGGAGAGGAGGGCCACUGGUGCCACCCGCGGAACGGGCAGUGCAAGUGUAAAGCUGGCGUUGGCGGCACAAGCUGCACGCGCUGCCUGCCUGGCUAUUGGGGCUUUGGAGAUGAGGGCUGCAAAGACUGUGCGUGCCCUAACGGAUGUAAUCCCACCACUGGGCAGUGUCUAGACAGCCACUUCAAUAAUCAGGUGUUCAACUUACCGAUGGGUGGAAGGAUCCCUGCUUUGGAUUCUCAUUUCUUCAUGGAUGAAGAGGAGGCACAUUGGCCAAAAGAGCAGGCUGUGUCUGCGCUGCACUCCACAGGGAAAUGCAUAUGCAAGGAGAAAAAGCUGAGAAGCAUGUCUGACCUCUGCAAGAUCGAACAUGACUACGUGAUGAAGGCCAGUGUGGUAUCAGCUCAUGACAAAGGCAGCCAUGCAGAAGUGCAGGUGAAAGUCCGCAAGGUCCUACGAUCAGGUCUGGUGGCACUGAGUUUGGGCACCGUCAGCAUCUUUCCUGUGUCCUGGACCAGCCGUGGCUGCACCUGUCCAAUCCUAAACCCAGGUAUGGAGUACCUGCUGGCGGGACCAGAAGAGUCUGCCACAGGCCGUUUGCUGGUCACCUUGCAGAGUGCAGUGGUCCCGUGGACACCGAGACUUGGACUUCUCAUAACUGAGGGCCUAAAGACCGGAUGCUAAUGAUUGCCAGGCAGGAGUUCAAACAGAAAAUCAGCAGAAGAGACUGAAAAAGACUGGAGUUAAAUCACCUGCCUUCUCGUUCAAAAAACUGCAAAACUCCAUGGUAAAAGAAAAAAUAAAUUAAGAUUUGUCUACCGAUACUGAAUACUUUCAACCAAUCUGAAGGCUUUACAAUCACGUCAAGUGAGUGAAGGACAGUCAACUCAGGGGAUAAAGAAAAACAGGAGUUAGAAGUGUUUCACCGCCUCAAUUUUAUUAUUUCUAAAUGACUGCCCUGCCAAUACAGUUGUUGAUUGAGCAGCAGAUCAAGAAUGUUUCCCAUGGUCAGAUCUCCUUUUGUAUCAAUCAGUCGAUGGAGAACAACACCUUUGAGAAGUCUGUUUGCCUGUACUCCUGAUUUCUGUCUUCAUUUGAGUCAGUGGUUAAUCUAUUUCAACCUUGUCAUUAAAUAUCUGUGUUUCAA